AGAAGAUCUAUGAGCUAUGAGCUGUGCCAUUCUCGCGGAUCAAAUCACAAAAAUCGAAAUCACUUGGUUUUUUGUGAAAUGAAAUGUUCGUUUUCUCAGUGAAACCUGUCUUCAGCAUUCUCGUCGCCACGCUCUCACUCCUCAUUCUUUUCGCACUUCUAUCCCCUCCUUCUUCUUCCCCUUUUUCCCAAAUUCCUCUUUCUGGGAAACCACCACUACUAGGGGAGGUGGAUAUAUGGAGUGUUCGGAGAUUAGUAGAGUGGAGACCUUGCAAUUGGUGGCUACAAGGGCAUCAAACAGCUCUACCAUUAGAAACCAAUGGAUAUAUAAGAGUGGAUUGCUAUGGGGGCCUCAAUCAGAUGCGAAGAGAUUUCUGUGAUGGUGUGGGCAUUGCUCGUCUUUUAAAUGCAACCCUUGUCCUGCCAAAGUUUGAAGUGGCUUCAUAUUGGAAUGAAUCAAGUGGCUUUGCAGAUGUGUAUGAUGUAGACUACUUCAUUGAACAAAUGAGUGGCUUUGUCAAAGUUGUCAAACAGUUACCACCGGAGAUUGCUUCAAAAGAACCUGUUCACGUGGAUUGUAGCAAACGGAAAGGCCAAUUUGAUUAUAUUGAAAGUGUUCUUCCAUCCCUAUUAGAACAUAAAUACAUUUCAAUCACACCAGCAGCGUCUCAAAGAAGGGACAGAUACCCUUUGUAUGCAAAAGCUGCUCUGUGUCAAGCUUGUUACAAGGCACUGCGUCUCACCAGAUCCUUGGAAACGAAAGCCUCUCAGCUUCUGGAUGCGAUACCUAAACCCUUUAUGUCCCUUCAUCUUCGAUUUGAGCCUGACAUGGUUGCGUACAGCCAGUGCCAGUAUCCAGGGCUUUCACCUACCUCCAUGAAAGCCAUAGAAGCAGCUCAAAUAGACCGAAAACCAUGGACUGGAGAAUUAGCCCGGAUAUGGUGGUUACGUGGGAAAUGUCCUCUUACACCUAAUGAGACAGCUUUAAUACUUAAAUCACUUUCUAUCUCACCAACCACAAAUAUAUACCUUGCAGCCGGAGAUGGGUUGAUGGAAAUCGAAGGCUUAACAGAUGUCUACACCAAUAUAUUUACCAAGGCUAGCCUUCUUAGUGGUGAAGACUUCAUGAACAUGCAUGGCAAUACAAAAGCUGCUUUGGAUUAUUAUGUUUCCAUCAAUAGUGAUUCUUAUGUAGCUACAUAUUUUGGGAACAUGGAUAAGAUGGUUUCGGCGAUGAGAGCUUUCAAAGGAUUGUACAAGACCCUAUUCUUGAGCCGAAAAGGCUUUGCGGAGCUCACGUCGAAGGGUCUGGAGGGAAAGGAGUUGAUGCAAGAACUAUGGAAGCUUCACAGAGAUGAUUUUGUCAAUGGAAGAGGCUCUGCUCUGCCUGAAUGUUUCUGUGAAUUUAAGUUGUGACUUUGAGCCUUUAAUUCAUUAAUUUCCUUUUCUGGCAUAUUAAUUUAAUUUUGAUGCAUAUGCAAUUGCUUUUGCCUAGCUUUCCACAAAGGCAUACCAUAGUUUCUGUAAACUAACUGAUUCCUGUGUACUUGUUAUUUUUUCAUUGAGAAAAAAUCAUAUCACUAAA